ACCUGGAUGGAUGAACGGAGAUGUCUUCAGAGCUGUGAAGAGUAUGCACAUCGACCUGGCAUCAGCCACAGAAAUUAAAGUGUGCCAUGGUUUCCUGGCCUGCAACUCAGCUCACCUGACAACUGGAAAAGUUUUCUUUCUUGACCAAUCACUUCUCUCUGCAAACAAUUUGCGCCAUCCAGACUAUAAGAGCGCUCAACUUUUCCAUCAAGACAGAAAUACUUCCGUGGCCCACUAGACAGCGUGCGGACCUUUUUACGGACGAUAUCUACAAUACGGAAGACAACUGGAAUUAUUUUGCUUGUAUUAAGUACUUCAUAAACACAUCUUGCGCGUUUUCUACCGAAACUGAUGUUUGACGGAAUGAUGCAAGACGAAUCCAGCUCCCCAGUGUCUCCAGCGGACAGUCUUAGCAACAGUGAAGAAGAACUCGACAGGCAACAGAAAAGAUGUGGGAGGAAAAGGAGAACGAGCAGGAAAAAUGGGGAGGAUUCAGAUAGCCCGACCCCUGGGAAAAGAGGAAAAAAGUCCAGCAGCAGCAGUCCGCAGUCUUUCGAAGAACUUCAGACGCAGAGAGUCAUGGCGAAUGUGCGCGAGCGACAGAGGACGCAGUCCCUCAACGAGGCAUUCGCAAGUUUGCGGAAAAUUAUUCCUACUCUGCCAUCAGACAAACUGAGCAAAAUACAGACCCUCAAACUUGCUGCCAGGUACAUCGAUUUCCUCUACCAAGUGCUUCAGAGCGAUGAACUGGAUUCCAAAAUGGUGACAACCGAUUCCACUUACCUAUCCCAAAGGGCAAUUCUGGAGUCCCAUGCUGGAUUUGUACAAAGCUACAGUAUUUUGGGGGAAAAUAAGAAAGCUGUUCAAACCAAAGAUGACGGGGCGUGGGGAGCACUUACAGAGAAAAAGGCCGAGGACAACCAGCAGUCGAGUUCGACUACACAAUCACUUGCUCGCUCUACAUUCUGAUAUUAUGCUUAAAACUUUUGUUUUUGAUUGACGAUGAAUGUUGGAAACCCUAAUCACUCUAUGCAUGCCUUUUGAUCCAGUCGUGCCGUUGUUUUCUCGAGAGAGGGUUAAAAUACAUCGAAAUUACCAUCUCAGUUUCAGAAUCAAGCUGCCGACGAGAAAGGACUGAUAUAGCCAUGAAAUGGUUUGAAAUUUGGCUCGUACCUGUGCAAACCUUUUUUAGGUUAUUUGUCUCGGAAAUACAUCUAUUUAUUUAUUGAUGACACUUGUUAUAAUGCAUCAUUAGAUCCGGUGUCUAAAUGCAUUCCUAUUUUUAUGAUUGUUUUGUAAAUAACUGUAUAUUUUUCUGCAAUAAAAUAAAUAUGA